AUGAGUGAAUCGCAAGCGGAGGAGCGUGAAGAAUUCGAAAAUACAUACUUUGAUAUUCUUACUGAGGUUAGGGAUUUUAUUGAGCAAUGUAAGGUCGACUCUGCGAUACGAAUUCAAAAUAAUCAUUCAGAUAAAUCGUCCCGUAAUGAAACUCCUGUUUACGUCUCGAAUCCUUCAUCGAUCGAUUCGCUUAUUGUUAAACUUCCUACAAUUACGGUGCCAAAAUUUGAUGGCUCAUUUAAAGACUGGAUACAAUUCCGCGACACCUUUAAGUCAUUGAUUCAUGAAAAUUCGCGACUUUCGAAUAUUCAGAAAUUUCACUACCUCAACUUAGCACUAAUCGGAGACUCGGCUCGUGUCAUUCAAUCGCUCGGCGUUUUAGAAUCAAAUUAUGAAUUAGCAUGGCAGGUAUUAAUUGACCGGUAUAAAGAUUCACUUCAACUGAUUCACUAUCACACGAAAUCAUUAUUCGAUUUAAAUCCCAUUACGAAACCGUCUUACGUAUCUUUAAGACAGCUGAUCGACGACACGAGUAACCACUUGUUAGUACUGAAAUAA